AUGAGGGACUCGGGCGUGAUGUUUGCUCAGCCAUCUGGCCUUCCGGUGUUGGCGUGGGAUGACCUGGUGGCCUGUCCAUUCCCAAACUGGCGACUUGCUUUGGCCAAAUUGAGUCCCAGCACCGAAUAUGGAUUGGGCAAAUCGUUGCACUUUCUGCUACUGUCUCUGAUGAUGGAUCCGCGACGGAUGUCGAAACGUCUGGCGAAUAAACGUAUUGUCCCAACGAUCGAGUCGUCUUCUUCUCAUGCAAUACCAUUGUAA